AUGAUCGGUCGUACGCUGCACGAAUAUGUUUUCAUUCGCAUAUGCAUAGCCCUGCUGCAAUGGCCGAUCGUCCCGUACGCACUUGUCCUCGCCGCGUGCGUACUUGGUGCCAAGGUUACCUCCCCGGACCCUCGCUGGUCGGUAGCCUCAUUCGUUGUCGUCGGGCUCAUGGCUGUUGAGCUGGCAUAUGCCUUGUUCAUUUGGAUACCAUACAGGAGUCGUCUGGGGGAGGCCGCGAAGCACCCGGCACCGUCCUCGCCGGCUGCCCGCCGGGCCCUCUUCGACCGAUGCAUGACGACCGUCCCCAAUCCCGAGUUCUACCUCCGAGGGUGGUUUUUAGGGGCAGAACUGGGUGACAUUCGUCGUGAUAAUGUUCGCGAGUUCAUUCUUUGGGCCUUCUUUGACCAGGAGGCUUCCGACGGCAACAGCGAGGUCGACGAGGAGGUGGAUCAAUACAUCACUCAUAUUGAGCAACUACUGGGCGAGUCCUUUCAGCCGGGUCGCGGUCCUGCCCAGAGUCUCCGGCUCACAUUCGACGAAAUCGAGACUAAAUAUCGAAGCAUUUGGUGGUACGCCAUCAUCGGCCUCAUCGACGGCCUCACACACAUUCUUCUUGUCUUCAACGGCUUCAAAUACUACGCCCAGCCCAGGAAUGAGACCUUCGCCGUCUUCCCGCCACGAUUUCAACAGUUGUUUGCACGUCGCCGCUCACCGGUGGGACUCAGCUACUGGCACCUUCCACACGAGAAUUCCGAACGUCUGCCCGUAGUCUUCAUUCACGGCAUCGGUAUCGGUCUUUGGGUGUACAUCCGCUUCCUUGCCGAGAUUAACGCCGCCAGACGCAAGGGAGAGGGCCGUGUUGGAGUUAUAGCCCUCGAGAUCCUGCCCAUCUCAUUCCGACUGACGAAACCACCUUUGGACAGAGAUGCCUUCCUCCAGCAAUUUACAGAGAUCCUCGACCGCCAUUCGUGGAACAAGUUUGUGCUCGUGUCCCACUCGUACGGUUCCGUCUUGACAUCCCACAUUGUGCGGUGCCCGGAGUUGCAGGCAAGGAUACCGCGAGCGGUGCUCAUCGACCCUGUGAGCAUAUUACUCCAUCUCCCUGAUGUGGCCUUCAACUUCACGCGGCGCCAGCCAAAGCGCGCCAAUGAAUGGCAGCUGUGGUACUUUGCGAGUACAGAUCCGGGAGUCGCACACUGCCUCGGUAGAUGCUUCUUCUGGAGGGAGAAUGCCAUCUGGGCCGAGGAGCUGGUCGGGCGCCAUGCAAGAUCGGAACACGCGAACAACACGUGCCAGCUGACAGCUGAUGAGCAAACUGGGACCAGGCAGGUGACCGUCUGCCUGUCGGGGCAGGAUCUGAUUGUUGACAGCCACGCUGUCGCAAGGUAUUUGGCCGAGAAUGAGCACAAAACCAACCCCGCAGGAGCGCAGGACGAGCAGACGGGCGUUGGCCGGCAGGGUCGGCGUAACGUUGCCGGAAUCCCUGAUUCGGGGAACGAGCAUCGCCGCUCAGUUGGAUCCGGCAUCGACGUGUUGUGGUUCCCUCGCAGAGACCAUGCACAAGUGUUUGACUCCAAAUGCGACAGAGGUCGCAUCGUGGAUGUUGUACGGAAAUACUGCAAAACAUGA